UGUUACCGCUCGCGGGGUACAAGGAACGUUCCGCUGUUGGUAUAUCUCCCGUGCCUGAUGGUGCUGCCUAAGUUGGACUGACGCAACCGCUUUGCUUCCCGCCGCGCAAGGUGGUCGUCAAUGUUUCGGAACAUCCGCGCACACUCCGCUGAACCAUGGAAUGGGGACAACACUAUCUGCGCCAGCAGAGCCUCCCCAAUCACUAUUAUGAGGAGGCGCACUACCACAAUGGGAUAAUCCUACCCCUCAUCUGCCUGUUCGUUGUGGUGCUAGGAGUCUCGUGCAGCACAUUCCUGAUCGCAGCUAUGCUCUCCGAACAGCCACCAGACGAAUCCAUCCUCACGGUGGACACAUUGGCUACGUUCCACGUUAGAACAACAACCACACCGGACAUAAAACGCCCAGGCGAAGACCAUAAACCAGGGUCUUCACCUGCCCCAUUGGACAGAUCACGAACCGCACGCUUUGCGCAAGCCGACCCAAGCGGUGGUGUGUGCGCAUCGUUUGAAUGCCGCUACGCGGGGCAGUGGGUGCGGUCCAAAAUCGACGACAGCGUUGACCCGUGCAAAGAUUUCUAUAAGUUCGUCUGCGGAUCUUUCGAGGGAUACGACGAGUACGUCCACGCUAAAAGAGGAAUGCUAUUCGUCACCAGAGCACUCCUCAGCAAUUUUAGGGUGCCAUCAUCGAAUCAAAAUUCCCACCAAAAAGCAGCCGGUAUGUACCAAACCUGCGUGGCCUUUGCCAGGUCAAUCAGGGAGGAGACUACAUGUCUGGUGACAUGGAUGCUAUCCCUGAACCUGGACCUGCUGAACGAGACAAGAUUGGCUGCAGUCAACCCAGUUAAAAUGAUGGUGCGCGGUUCUCUUGACCUAGGUGUUACGGCCGUACUCGCCGUUGUUCUUCUCGAGCGGACCUUCGACUCCGGCAAGAGACGAAUAAAGAUUGAGUACAGCAAAGAACUAAGGAAGUGGCUAGGAGAACGGCGCAAGCUUUCGAAAAGUCGUAACUUGAACGACUACGUAAGUCUUCUCCGGCGGUAUGGUGUGAACCCGCCUCAUGACACACAGCUCGCUUCGAAAAUAAUUGGAUACGAAGAACAACUUCCACUUACUAUGAGUAGCUGGAGCAAAGACUUUGCGCUCAUAUACAUUCGUUUUCUCGGUAACUACACAAAGUCGUACGUUACAUCAGAUGAAUGGGGGACCUUUUUUUUUAAAUACACCAACGGCACCUACGGUGGUUCGGACUAUAUUUACCAUCAACCACUUGCGAUCAAAUUGCUCGUGAGGCUGUUCAAGAGCAAGUGGGUGGGUGCAAACGGGCUGAGAUACCUGGUCGCCUGGAGCAUCUACAGGCAGCUGCUUAAUUAUACAGUGCCACAGCUGCUUUUUGGAAAAAGUUCUCCUAGCGACCACGACGUUAAGAGAACUUGCCACAACCUCGUUCAAAAAGUGAUGAAUCUGGCGGUGAAGAGCCUCUUCUUUCAGUCACAGGCGCCAUCGGUGGCGGUUGACCGAGCUCAAGGUAUGCUGACCAGAAUGCGCCGUGUGCUCCGCCAGUCUUUCGAGUCAUCGAGCUGGCUCACGGGCAGAACUCGCAGAGCGGCCCUACGCAAGCUUGACAACCUCACCACCCACGUGGGAAGUGGAAAUCGAUUGGAUCUCGAAUUCGUCGAAAACCUUUACAAACCAUACCCGGAUGCGCUCCCGGACCAUCUGUUCGCGAUAUGGAUCAAGGCUCUCUCUCUCUCGACCCACUAUAUGUGGUCCGACACAACGUCAUGGCUCUACGACGAAGUGGACAUGGGUGCCUUCUAUAAUUUCGAAUACAAUACACUUGCGGUAGCGAGAGGCUUACUACUACGACCCUUCUUUUAUGUGGACGGACCACUUGGUCUGAAUUAUGGUGGUCUCGGAAUGCUUAUGGCUCACGAGAUGAUGCACGCAUUUGACGUAGUAGGGAUAACGAAGGACGAAGCGUACAAACCCUGGAACUCGACCGAUAUUAUAGGGGAAUACACUCAAAGGGCGCUGUGCCUGCGGCGGUCGCACAGAUCGGUUUUAUCACUCAGCGCCCGCCAGGAGGUGUUGGAUGAUUAUACGGACUCCGAGAACCUGGCCGACCUGGUGGGCACCAGGAUUGCGUACGAGACGUUCGCUUCGUUGUCCCCAGCAGAAAGGAAUGUCACGCUCGCCGGGCUCGACAUGUCGCCAGAGCGCUUGUUCUUCUUCAACCACUGUGUGAAAAUGUGCCAUCAGCAAACCAAGUCAAAGGGCCGCUAUGCAUCAUACCGAUCCCGCUGCAUAGUGCCUCUGAUGAACAUGCCGGAGUUUGCGAGUACAUAUGGCUGUGCCGCAGGUGAACCCAUGAAUCCACGAACGAAGUGCAACUUUUGGCAGUGAACAAUUUGCUGCUGCUCAUCCCGCUUUCAGCACUAUUCUAGUAGCGAUCACACAAGAAGCUUAAUGAAAAAGGUAAUAAAAGGAAAUUUGGA